AUGCAGCGUAAUAACGGAACACUUCACAUGGCCCACCAAACGUCCGAACUGCUGCAGCGAUUCAAGUGGGAGGUAUGGCAACGUCCUCCAUACAGUCCAGACUUGGCGCUAUGCGAUUAUCAUGGGUUCGGUGCGCUGAAAAAGGAUCUCGAUGGACGACGACUCCAAAACAGUGAGGUGGAGAAAGCAGCUCUCUCCAAUACACCAUUUCUGGCCUCUAAAGCUAUGCAGAUAUUACGCAUUCAAAACACUGGAGUCAUGGAAACUAAGUCAAACUUGCAAGAUUCUGCCAUGAAACUGAAGAGAGUGUCUUCAACAGAUAGAGUUAAUGUUAUCCAUCCUGUAGAGGAAUAUUUCUCAGCAUUUGAGAGAACAAAAGUAAAGGUAGAUGACUUUGUUUUAGUUUCAUUUUCAAAUUAUAAAGACAAAAAAAUGUUCUACGCUGGUAAAUUUAAAGAAGACAAGGAGGAAGAAGGAGAUAUGGUUAUUAGUCGAAGUGACGCAAAGAAGAGGCGGAAAGAAGGAGACACCCUGGAGGAUUCCCUUCAGGGAAGUCCAAAAAGGACAAAGGUGCAUGCACAAAGAAAGUUUGCCCAAGGCUCUUCCAAUGUGAGCAGUCCUGCAUUGACUCCUGUGAAAGAUAAAGACAAAGUCAAAACAAAUGGAGCUGUUUUAUCACCAGAGCUAAUUUCAUCAAAGCGUCCUAAGACCGAAGACUUCCUAACUUUCCUAUGUUUUAGGGGUACACCAAUUCUUCCUCCUCAGUUAGAUUUUUUUAAUGUAGCAACCAUCCAAGAUAACCAAGAUGAAGAGCAUUGUUCGUCAGGUGGUGAUUACAGUGCGAGUCGUCCCACUAGUUUGGUCAGUACUGCCCAGAAACCUCAGAAAUCCAUGGGAACCGAGCAAACUCCAGUUCCAGGAACAGUCAAGAAAAAUGAUAAAGUUGAGAAUGAAACAAAAAAGAGACCUUCUACUUCUGUUCAGGCACUCAGAAAGAAGUAUCAAGAACAAAGACUUGCAAAACAGAAAGCUAGCACACUCAGUAAAUUGGCUCAGAAAGUUAAGGGUAAAAACAUGGUUCGCACUCGGUCAUCAGUAUUACGUGAAGAAUCACGGACGACUGAUAUCAGAAGUUUUCCGUCAAAAAGGCAUUUAGUGAAGAAACCUGUUGGACCAGAACAUAGUGUUUCAAAAAAUCUGAAACCUUUGAAAUACAUGUCAUUGCGAAGAUUGUCAGUUCGAGGGCAGCCAAAAUUAUUGAGAGAGUUGGAGAGCCCUGCAAUGCGCAGAGGUGGUUUGAGAAGCAGUGGCCAGUUACCUCCAGGCAGUGAUGAAGGUCUAAAAACCGAAAAACCAUUAAAUCAUAGGUUACAGCCCAAGGACCGAUAUGAUAAAGCCAAACCUAAGAUGUUUGUAAGCUCAUUAUCAGAUUUUUCAUCAGAUGAUGAUCAACCUUUGGUGAAGAAAACAAGACCUCUUGAGCAAAUGAAGCCUAGCAGCAAACAACAGCUUGCUCGGAAAAUGGUUAAGCGAAUUGUCAAGAGCUCUAGGAAGAUGCACCCCCAUAUGAUCACUCGAUCACGGCAACAGUGUCAGGAUGAUGUUGGUCAUUACCAUUCUCUCCAUAUGCAUCAACAUAUUCAAAAACAAUCUCAACAGCGACAACAGUUGCAACAAUCUGUACAACAGCAACAUCAGCAGCAGCAGCAACAACUACAACAUCCCCAUCACCACCUUCACCCUCAUCUGUUACAACAGCAGCAGCUGCGACAACAGCAACAGCUGCAGCCAACACGAUCACAACAGUCGCAACAAAUUGUGUCGAGAUUUUCCAAUCGACCUACUAGAAAAACUAAAGAAGCAGCUGCAUUGUAUAUGGAACUUUUGGGAAAGAAGUUAAUUAGUCGUGAUGGUGAUGGGGAUGAAGAUUCAUUCUCUGUGGAUAGUUUUCCUGAGUUACCCAGUUCAAAAAGGAAUGAACAAAGGGAACUUGAAAUUAAAACAAAAUGUUCUAAAGAAGUACAACAUCACCAUUCUCAAGAAUGUCAAGUAUUACAACAUCAGGUUCAGAAAAAAGAAAAUUCACUCAGCAAAAGAGAGAUUCAUAUAAAGAAGGAAAUUCAUUUUAAGAAAGAACAAAAUAAUCCUAGAAAGCAUGAUGUUAAGAGUGAUAUCAUUAGUAAGUCCAAAAUUGAACGAAAUAAGGACAGUGAGGAGAACAAGGGGAAAAAUCAGAAAAAUCAAAAAGAUAUCAGUAAACUUAAGUCACAGGUGGUUAAAAGAUCAUUACGAAUUGCUAAAGAAGAUUCUAGUGAAAUCAAAAUGGAUAGAAUACGAAAGAAAUCUGGAAAAUCGAAAGUUUCAAAUUUAGUUACUCAAAAAACCAAAAGUAAAUUGGAAAUAAAUCCUAAAGUAAGAGCCAGAGAUCAUUUAAGUUUCUUCACUUUUGACACAAAAUUAAAAACGUCUGUUGUUGGUCAUAGCUUAAGAAGUAGAAAAACCACUCGUGUUUCUUUACAAGUUGAAGAAAACGAAAUGGAAGUUGGCACAAAGUCAACAUGUCCCCGUCGAAGUCUUCGCAGAGGUUCUCGUGAUGCUGUGCAGUGUCCUGAAAAUUCAUCACCAGGAAUCACCAGUGAUAAUGAUUUAGUUAAGUCACAAAAAUCUAAUAGUACCUCAGGACAUCUACUUAAAAAGUCACUUGUGAAGGCAAGUAAAAUUAAUUUGGAUUCUUUAGAAGACAAAUUCAGUGAUUCAGAUGAGGAACCUUUGAAGAAAAUUGCAUUAAAAAACAAUGUAAGUAAAAAAAUUGAUGUGGCCGAAGAGAAACAAGGGGAGGCUACAAAUAAUAGAAAGUUACUUGCAAGGGAAAGCAAAAAUAUGCCUCAAAUGUGUAAUAAUCUCAAAGAGAAAUGUAAAUUAAUUACGAAGGUUACUAGAGCGAGUGCUUGUUUUACUGAUGAGACUUCCAUUAAAGUGAAAGGAGGAGGUUCUGUUAGUAUAAAGAAAGUUCUAAAAAAGAAGUCUGUGAGAUACUCUAAAGUUACAGUCUCCACUGAUAGAAAAAAUAAACAGGUGCUUGAAAGAGAGAAAUUAUCGGUUGGAAAAGUAAAAGAAACUAGUAGAAAACAGCGAACUGAUCUUAAUUUUAGAAUGAACUCAUCUGAAAAUUGUUUGAAAAGCUCAGGAAAGUUAGGAAAAAAGGAAUUGUCUGAAAAUAAGACCAAUAAAAAUAAUUCUGGAUCUCCAAAAAUAACAUGCUCGGACAUUAUAACUCAAAAGGAGAAAAUUAUUCGAAAGAAGAAAAAAGAAAAAAAUGAUGGUAAAACUUCUGUCAGUGUAGAGUUAUCCAAAAUUGCUCUUGAAGGAAAGAAGAAAUUGGAAGAUAUAAUUGAUAGCAAGACUGAUCCUGAAUUGUGCCCUCCAGAUAAUCUCAUUCCGCCUGUUGUGAAGAGUCCAGAAAAUACAUCUUCAUCAGAUGCAAAUUCUCCAAGUAAAAUAUGUUCCCAUUCUGUUGAAUUAAUUUCUGGAGAGAAGGAUGAAACAAAAAAUAUAAAACAGAAUGUCCAGAAUAGUGAGAAAAUUAGUUAUGAUGUUCUUAUUAAAAGUUCUCAUCUAAAAAAAGGUAAAAUAGAAAGUUCUGAGAAAAAAAGUGAUUUAGGUGCUCAUGUUCAUCCCAUGAGAAAAUGUUUAGUGGGUAUAGAAAGUGAAUUUAGAAAGAUCUCUCAUACAAACUGUUUACAGAGGAAAGGAACGGGGCUCUCGAAAAAGGAGUUCAGAGCAGAUGUUCCAAGGCGAUCUAGUACAAGUUGCCCCAAAGAAACUGAACUGGAAUUACAAAGGAGAUUAAGUAUGGUGUGUUUAAAGGAGUCAGAACCUGACAUUGAAACAGAAAAGAAAUCUGAGAAAGAAGAAAUUAUUGGAGGAAUUCGAAUGAAACCUGAAGGAGAUAAACAAGCUAUUGAAACACCAUUCUCAAAAUUAAAUACUAUUCAUAAUUCAAAUCAGUUUGUUGAUUCUAAAGGUGUUACAUUGUGUGCUCCUGAGAAUGUACUUAAAUCAACAAAUGUUCAGGAGCAUUCAGCCAAAAACAAUAAAAUUGCAACAAAUAUUAAUGUAGUUGAAAAGCUUGUAGAUGGUGGUCCCUUAAGUUAUGUAAAAUGUGUUUCUGCUGUAAAAAAAGAUGUCACAAAAAAUAUUGCUUCUACAAAUGUGAAACCUGAUCUACAAAACACUGUUGAAAAUAAUGUAGUAGCACCAUUUACAUGUAAAAAUGGAAACAACUCUAGGUAUGAACUUUCAUUUGCGAACCUAGGAAGUUGUGUGAAUUCUGGUGUAAAACUAUGUGCUGAACCAGACAAGAAAAAUACGUUUGAAAAAAAUAAUAUUGUGAACGCUGGCAUAACUACUGAAGAAACGACAUGCAAAGAGCACGAUUUGCCAUGUGACUUAAUUAGUGUGAAUCCAGAAAGCAAUUUUUGUUCUACAAAAGGAAUAAUUUUAUCUGAUCCUGGUUCUAAAGGAAAAUUAGGUUUAAUGGAAAAUCAUCAGUUGGAUGAUGUGUCCCCAUCUCGUAACAGUCUUAUUAAUACAUCAAAUCAGGUGAAUGAUUAUAGUGAUGCUCUUUCUACAGCAAAUGUUUCUGAUGGUGUAACUCUAAAGCAUUGUGUCGUCUCAGGCUUACUGUGCCCUGAAUUAUUUGAAAAAAAAGAUAAGAACCAGAAACAAAGUCCACAUGUACUGUGCAGAAGGUCAUCAGAAGUAAAAAUUCAAGAGCAAAGUGAAAUAUUGGAGAAAACUGAACCAUAUAAUCCAAAAGCCAAGACCUUAAUUGAUUUGGAGUGCAUUGAGAAUAAUACGCCACUCAAGUUAGGAGCUAGUGAUGUUGAUCUUGAAAAAGGAAAUUUAGGUUUAAAUUCUUUACUCCCUCCUGAUUUGGGCUUACGUGACAUGAAAGUGAAAGAGAAACUAAAUAUGUCUGCUGAGCGGGUUGAAAAAUGGUUAAGUGAAAGCUGCACAGGUAAUUUGGAACAUAAAAAGGAAUGCACAUUGUAUGACAAGAAUGUUUGCAACUGUGGGUUCUCUAUAAUUGAUGAUGAUUUGUGUUUAUCAGACUAUGGUAAUGAUAAAAUUACAAUGGACUGUAUUUCUGGUGAUUGUGAGGAGGAGGGAGCUGUAAAAAUGGCUGCUACUGUUUGUCCUUUUACAAGUGAGUUUGCAGUAAUGCAGACUGCUAAUUCAGAAAAUUUGAAACCUAGUAACAUGGAAGAACCAAGUGCUAGUGUUAUUUCACCUGAUGAUAAAGUAUGCAAAGAGAAAGAAAUUUCUCUGUCAACAUUAACAGAAAGUUCUAGUAUAGAGAAGGUUGCUGAAGCACCACCAAAUUAUGAAGUCCUUCCAAAACCUGUAAGUGUGUCUUUUGAUGUCCUUGAUAAAAAGAAAGAGUGGGAAACAAGCAAAAAAUGCACAGAAGCCCCUGCAGAGCAAGGUGCACGCGUUGGUUGUACAGAAAGCCACCCUCCACCAUUGAUUAAUUCAAAUAUUUCAACAUCCUCUAAGAAUAAUCCACAAAAAGAAACAAUUACAAAAAAUAAUCAAAUUCUAAAUGUAAUGCAGAAUCAAGUGCCUAUUGUUUUAGAAAACACCAAUAGUAAAUCUGAAUGUGUUCAAGAGAAAGGAAAAUUGUCUUCAGUUUUAAGUGAUAAGAACACUAAAAAGUCAAAAGAAACUAAUAAAUCUGAAGUGUCUUCCAUGGUAAGGACAGGGACCAAAUUAUUGCAAGGGUCAGAACGUGUGAGUGAAAAAAAAUCUAUAUUUCAGCAGCGCAGAUCUUUUCCUCAUAAAGUGAAAGAACGUAAAGAUUUGACCCCUAGUGCAAAUGCUUUUUCUCCUGAAAACGAAAGUAGUGUUUAUGCAUUUGAAACAGAACCAGAUUCUCCACCUAUCAGUACACCGUUCAGACGUCGUGCCCGAGACAGUCGAACUUCUAGUACAACAACUUCAAAAUCUGAAGAAGAUUUGGUAAAAUUAACUGAUGAGGAUGUGUGUAUGAAUAGUUCUAAUGUGUCAUCUUCCCUUCUAGUUCCUUCUCCUGAAAAAGUAAUAUCAAGCUCAGCUGUGAACAAUUCAUGUUCUAGUGAAGUACAAACACCAAAUGCCAUGCAAGAUUCAUCACAUGCAGUGUGUUCACGUAAUAGUACAUCAAUUGCUGUGCAAGUUAACCUUGAUUCUGAAGCAUGUUCUGAGACUAGUCCUCCAAAUGUCCCUCCAGUAGAAGCUAUUAUUCCUGAACCUGUUCCUCAGCGAAGUAUGGAAUGCUCUACUCAGACGGAAGUUGCUGAAGAAGAAGAUGACGAAAGUGAAGGACAUCUAUUUUAUAUUCCUUUGCAACAAGCACCAACACCAGCUCAGCAGGUGAUUCAAGGUGUUGCUGUUAAAUUAGGAACUGAAGGACCUACUGGCCCCAACCAAAGAGUAAUAAUGCGUGCCAAACUAGUUACAAAGCCUCCAAGCUUCAGUAGACCAGCAACUUCUGCCCCAGAUGGAGCACUUGGAAUUCGAAGGUCGGUUUUGGGGACACAGCCUUCCCGAUCUACAGGAAUAUUAACAAUUGACCAGAAGACUGCCUUUAUUGGACCAUCUAAUGUUUCAUCCGUGAGUGGUACUUACCCGCCUGUUGUCCCAGUUCAACCAACAUCUCGAUCACAACCCAGUACGAUUGUCUCAGAAAGUAAAAGUGAUGCUACUACGGCAACACCUGAAAAUCGUGAUGCAAAGCGAACUUCUUUGAGUGAUAGCAGUUCCCAACAUUAUGAAAGUAAAAGUACUAAAAAGAAGGAAACAAAUAUAGAAGCAUUUGAAAAGUCAACUUUAGAGAAUGUGCAAACUAAAGUAGAUAUGCAUGAAAAGGAGAAGAAAAUUACAGAUGCAAUAUUAACUACUUCGUGUGCGUUGGCCACAUCUUCCAAAACCACUUCUAAAGGCAAUACCAGAAAUUCAAACGAUCACAUGUUGCCUUCUUCGUUAAAAGGAAAUUAUGGAAAUGCAAAAAGAAAUCUAUUGAAAGGGAAAAUGUCAAAAACGUCAGAUCCCAGUUACACCUGUUUCCCAAGCAAUGUGGCAAAAUUUCCUAGUGUUGGAAGCCCUGCGCAACUGGUGGAGGCUCCAGUGUUUUAUCCUUCAGAAAAGGAAUUUCAAGAUCCUUUGGAGUACAUUGACAGAAUACGACCAGUAGCUGAAACAUUCGGAUUAUGUCGAGUUGUUCCACCCCAAAAUUUUAGACCUGAGUGUAAAGUAUCUGAUGACAUGAGAUUUACUGCAUAUAAUCAGUACGUUCAUAAGAUGUUGUAUAGAUGGGGUCCAAAUGUAAAAGAGAUGAUGGCAAUAAAGAAGUAUUUAGUGACACAAAGUGUUUCUUUCACUCAUCCUCCGUUGAUUGGGGGUAUGGAAGUUGAUCUUCCACGUCUCUAUCAAACAGUUCAAAGUUUUGGUGGGUUAAAAGAGGUUAUUGAAAAGAAACGUUGGCAACGUGUUGCAGAUGGCAUGAAGAUUCCCAAGUCAGCACAAGAUAGAGUAACAAAGUUAGAUGAUAUAUAUUGUAAAUAUCUUCUGCCGUAUGAUACAUUAUCUCCAGGUGAAAGAGAGAAACUUCUUGAUGAAGUAGAGCAGGAAUGGAAACAGAGGCAAAGUCGCCCACUUUCACAAGAAAGUUGUUCUACAUCUGAUUCCCCUGAGGAUGAAUCAGAUGCAGAUAUUGCUGAUGAAGAAUGUAUUGUCAAGGGGAGAAAUAUGCCUUUGAAUGCAUUCUAUCGGAUUGCUCGCAACACAAUGGCUAUGUGGUUCCGGCAACCUGAACCAUCAGCAUCUGAGGUUGAACAAGAAUUUUGGAAGCAUGUGAUGUCAAGAAACAGUCAUGUAUGUGUUCACUCUGGAUCUAUAGAUUCAAGUGGUUGUGGUUAUGGCUUUCCUUGUUCCAAAAACAGCCCUUUUGCAAGACAUCCUUGGAACUUGAAAGUUUUGACCAACAAUAGUGGAUCAGUAUUACGAUCAAUAGGGCCUAUCAUGGGUGUAACAGUUCCCACUCUCCAUGUAGGCAUGUUAUUUACAACAUGUUGUUGGUAUCGAGAUCCGCAUGGUUUGCCAUGGAUAGAGUAUGGUGUGCCAGAUUCUUACAGUUUUGUAUUUCAAUCUGCUAUGAGCAAAUUGAUACCUAGGUAUUGUAAAAAGAAAACUAUUUGGCUACCAUCAGACACUGCCAUGGUGCCACCAUCUCUUCUAGUCAAACACGGAGUUUCAUUAUGCCAUACUGUUCAAGAGCCAGGACAGUUCAUAAUUGUUUUCCCAAGAGCGUUUACAUCAAGUAUUUGCACUGGGUAUCUUGUCUCUGAAAGUGUGUACUUUGCUCAGCCUCAUUGGCUCUCAAGAGCUGAAGAAGUGUUCAAGGAUAUUCAAGACAGCUGUGAACCUUCCAUGUUCUCCUUGGAAAGGCUGCUUUUCAGUAUUGCUUCUGAUGCUCGUUCUCACAUCGAUGUUUUGAAACAA